AGAGCCAACAGUGUGACCUUUCUCAAUAGCAAGGCUAUGCUCACAGUACAUAGUCAAAGCUUCUGUUCAUUGUGGGUCAGUCACAGUGGUCAGGUAUUGUGUACUCUCUCACAGUGGUCAGGCCACUGUGUACUCUCUGUUUAGGGCCAAAGAGCAUUCUUGUUUGCUCUGUUUUUUUGUUAAUUCUUUCCAAAGUAAAUAUCUUUUUGUUUUCACAUGAUUUGGUUGAGUCUAAUUGUGUUGCUGUCCUGGGGUUCUGUGGGGUCUGUUUGUGUUUGUGAACAGAGCCCCAGGACCAGCUUGCUUCGGGGAAUCUUUUCCAGGUUCAUCUGUUACAGGAAUUAAAUUCCUUUAUGUUUUAUUUAACUAAUUUAAUUAAACACUCUGCCCACUCCUAAGAAUUUGUAAGACCCUUAUUUGCAUAAAAUGGACAGAGACCAGUCUCAAAAUCAAUCAGUAGCGUUUAUUCUCGAGAGUAGUGAACACGAUACAGUUUACCACAGGUUAUAAACUGAAAAUGACGUCAUUAGUUCCAGUACCAACCCGUCUCUUCUCCCAACCUGGUACAAAGGCAGUAUCUCAAGCCUUCCCACAUCGUCUCCCUACCAAUUUAAUAUAAUUUAUGACCGAGCCAAGGUCUUCCUGUGUAGAUAAGCAUUCUAGCCAGUCUGACGAUAAGUUCAUUCAUUUCUACCAAGGAACAGACAGUCUGUAACGGCUUUCUUCUGUUGAAGGAGGAGCGGACCAAAAUGCAGCGUGAUGGUUACUCAUAACUGUUAGAGUGGAGCAGCGUUUCCACAUGUGUGACAGAAUGGCCAUCUACUUCUUCAUCGCUGCUUCCUACACCCCCUGGUUGAUGCUGAGGGAGUUGGGUCCGUGGUCAUGUGUUUCUAGGUUGAUGCUGAGGGAGUUGGGUCCGUGGUCAUGUGUUUCUAGGUUGAUGCUGAGGGAGUUGGGUCCGUGGUCAUGUGUUUCUAGGUUGAUGCUGAGGGAGUUGGGUCCGUGGUCAUGUGUUUCUAGGUUGAUGCUGAGGGAGUUGGGUCCGUGGUCAUGUGUUUCUAGGUUGAUGCUGAGGGAGUUGGGUCCGUGGUCAUGCGUUUCUAGGUUGAUGCUGAGGGAGUUGGGUCCGUGGUCAUGCGUUUCUAGGUUGAUGCUGAGGGAGUUGGGUCCGUGGUCAUGCGUUUCUAGGUUGAUGCUGAGGGAGUUGGGUCCGUGGUCAUGUGUUUCUAGGUUGAUGCUGAGGGAGUUGGGUCCGUGGUCAUGUGUUUCAGGUUGAUGCUGAGGGAGUUGGGUCCGUGGUCAUGUGUUUCUAGGUUGAUGCUGAGGGAGUUGGGUCCGUGGUCAUGUGUUUCUAGGUUGAUGCUGAGGGAGUUGGGUCCGUGGUCAUGUGUUUCUAGGUUGAUGCUGAGGGAGUUGGGUCCGUGGUCAUGUGUUUCUAGGUUGAUGCUGCGGGAGUUGGGUCCGUGGUCAUGUGUUUCUAGGUUGAUGCUGAGGGAGUUGGGUCCGUGGUCAUGUGUUUCUAGGUUGAUGCUGAGGGAGUUGGGUCCGUGGUCAUGCGUUUCUAGGUUGAUGCUGAGGGAGUUGGGUCCGUGGUCAUGUGUUUCUAGGUUGAUGCUGAGGGAGUUGGGUCCGUGGUCAUGUGUUUCUAGGUUGAUGCUGAGGGAGUUGGGUCCGUGGUCGAGUCACAUGCGAUGGAUUAUCUGGAUCAUGGCAGUUAUCGGCUCCACAUACGUCUUCUACUUCCACGAGAGGUAUAAACUGUUGGAGUUACUAGGAUACGUGGCCAUGGGGGCGGGGCCUGCACUUGUCAUCCUGUCCAUGGCGGACAGGGCAGGUUUGUGUGAGCUGGCGGUGGGUGGGAUUUUCUACGUAGUGGGUGUGGCCUUCUUUAAGAGCGAUGGAGUCGUCCCAUUCGCUCACGCCAUCUGGCACCUGUUCGUUGCCAUGGGAGCAGCUACACACUACUACGCUAUCUGGAGACACCUGUACACACCUGGACACUGAGACACACCUACCGUGGUGCUAGCUAAACAGGGAUCUGGUCCUGUACACACCUGGACACUGAGACACACACCUACCGUGGUGCUAGCUAAACAGGGAAUUGAAGGAUCUCUGUCCAAUUAGAGACAGGAAUCAGUCAACUACCAGAAGGAUCUCUGUCCAAUUAGAGACAGGAAUCAGUGAACAUUUAACAUUUACAUUUAAGUCAUUUGGCAGACGCUCUUAUCCAGAGCGACUUACAAAUUGGUGAAUUCACCUUAUGACAUCCAGUGGAACAGCCACUUUACUACCAGAAGGAUCUCUGUCCAAUUAGAGACAGGAAUCAGUGAACUGAAGGAUCUCUGUCCAAUUAGAGACAGGAAUCAGUGAACUGAAGGAUCUCUGUCCAAUUAGAGACAGGAAUCAGUGAACUGAAGGAUCUCUGUCCAAUUAGAGACAGGAAUCAGUCAACUACCAGAAGGAUCUCUGUCCAAUUAGAAACAGGAAUCAGUGAACUGAAGGAUCUCUGUCCAAUUAGAGACAGGAAUCAGUCAACUACCAGAAGGAUCUCUGUCCAAUUAGAAACAGGAAUCAGUGAACUGAAGGAUCUCUGUCCAAUUAGAGACAGGAAUCAGUGAAUUGAAGGAUCUCUGUCCAAUUAGAGACAGGAAUCAAUGAAUUACCAUAAAGAUCAUCAAGGACAAGAACCACCCGAGCCACUGCCUGUUCACCCCGCUAUCAUCCAGAAGACGAGGUCAGUACAGGUGCAUCAAAGCUGGGGCCGAGAGACUGAAAAACAGCUUCUAUCUCAAGGCCAUCAGACUGUUAAACAGCCACCACUAACAGUGAGUGGCUGCUGCCAACAUACUGACUCAACUCCAGCCACUUUAAUAAUUCAAAAUUGAUGAAAAAUGUAUCACUAGUCACUUUAAACAAUGCCACUUAAUAUGUUGAUAUGGGUUACAUAUGGCCGUUCGGCCAUCGCUCAUCCAUAUAUCUUUAUGUACAUAUUCUUUAUCCCUUUACACUUGUGUGUAUAAGGUAGUAGUUUUGGAAUUGUUAGGUUAGAUUACUCGUUGGUUAUUACUGCAUUGUCGGAACUAGAAGCACAAGCAUUUCGCUACACUCGCAUUAACAUCUGCUAACCAUGUGUAUGUGACCAAUAAAAUUUGAAUUGGAUCUCUGUCCAAUUAGAAAACAGGAA